AUGAGCGUGGUGAGGAGCCUGGAGCGCCUGGAGCAGCGGCUGGCUGUGAUGGUGGCGGCCCAGGAGACUUCGCAGGCCUGGUCUUCCCGGGGAGAGGAGGGGCCGGCCAGCAUGAAAAAGGACAAGAACCACGGCAGGGAAGAGGCAGACUGCAGGGCAGAGCUGAUCCUCAUCAAUGGAGACUGCACCGAUCCUGCGAAGGACAAACCUUCCCUUGCUCUGGAAGCACACAGGAAGCCCGAUCCUCCAGACGCUGGGAGUCUGGGGUUGGCGUCCCUUCGGAACAAGAGGGCGAGCAAGGGCGACCUCUCCAAGGAGGACCUGUCCUGGCCGCUCGCGCUCGUGGAGGCUCAGGAGGUGCGGCCGCGGGGCAGCGCCGGCUGGGAGAGCAGCCUGCGGCAGAAGCCGCCCGUCCGCCUCAUCUUCCAGGCAGGGCAGACCCGGCACGAGAUGAAGAUCAAGGAGGGCAGCAGCGUGGAGGGUUUCAAGGAGCUGCCGGCUCCGGCGCGGUGCUCCAAGAGGCGAACGGCCGUGUCCAUCCAGGCGCCCACCAUCGACCUCACGGAGGACGAUUCCCAGGACUCGUCCCAGAGCAGCAGCACGAUUUCUGGGAGCAGCUCCCAGGAGGGCCAGAAUGGCACCGCCGAGCUCCUGGCCGAGGACCCGGAAAGCAGGGACCCGGGGAUAGCAUCGGAAUACCAGGAUGGGAAGGAGUUUGGAAUUGGAGAGCUUGUGUGGGGAAAGAUCAAAGGUUUCUCUUGGUGGCCAGCAAUCGUCGUCUCCUACAGAGCCACCUCCAAGCGCCAGGCUGUCUCCGGCAUGCGGUGGGUGCAGUGGUUCGGAGACGGGAAGUUCUCGGAGGUUUCUGCAGACAAGCUGGUGGGACUGAUGGCGUUUAGGCAGCAUUUCAAUUCUUCCACUUUUAAUAAGCUGGUCUCCUAUCGGCGAGCUGUGUACCAUGCCCUGGAGGUUGCGAGGAGCCGCUCGGGGAAGACUUUUACCAGCACCUCUGGGGAUACUCUGGAGGAGCAGCUGAAACCCAUGAUUGACUGGGCGCUCACCGGCUUCAAACCUUUAGGCUUCAAGGGACUGAAACCGCCUAAAAUACCAGAGAAUGGAGCCCUGCGGAACGGCACGGAGGAGGUGCCGCCCCUCGAGCCGUGUCCCCCCUCCAAGAGGCUAAAGACCAACCCCUGCAACAACAGCAAGGAGCAGCGGGUGGAGGAGGAUCAGACCCGAGAGCAAAUGGUUUCUGAAGUUACGAACAACAGCGGGAGUCUUGAAGACCGCUGCUUGUCCUGCGGCAGGAAAAACCCAGCCACCUUCCACCCGCUGUUCGAGGGGGGGCUCUGCCAGACUUGCAGGGAUAGAUUUCUGGAGCUCUUCUAUAUGUACGAUGAAGACGGCUACCAGUCGUACUGCACGGUGUGCUGCGAAGGCAAGGAGCUGCUGCUCUGCAGCAACGCCAGCUGCUGCAGGUGCUUCUGUGUCGAGUGCCUGGAGGUCCUGGUGGGGCGAGGGACAUCAGCAAAGGCAAAAGAGCAAGAGCCCUGGAACUGCUACAUGUGCCAGCCGCAGAAGAGCUACGGGGUCCUCCAGCGCCGGCAGGACUGGAACGUCCGCCUGCAGGACUUCUUCACCAGCGACAAAGGACAGGAAUAUGAUGCACCAAAGAUCUACCCAGCAGUCCCAGCCGCAAAGAGGAGGCCUAUUAGGGUGCUGUCUUUAUUUGAUGGCAUAGCAACAGGCUACCUGGUGCUGAAGGACUUGGGCAUUAAAGUGGAGAAGUACAUCGCCUCGGAGAUCUGCGAAGACCCUAUUGCUGUGGGAACCAUGCGGCAUGAAGGCAACAUCACCUAUGUGCACGAUGUCAGGAACAUAACCAAGAGAAACAUUGAAGAGUGGGGUCCCUUCGACUUGGUGAUCGGUGGAAGCCCCUGUAAUGAUAUUUCCAUUGUGAAUCCUGCCAGGAAGGGUCUGUACGAAGGAACUGGGAGGCUGUUCUUUGAAUUUUAUCAUCUCCUGAACUACGCUCGUCCCAAGGCGGGAGAGGAACGCCCCUUCUUCUGGAUGUUUGAGAACGUAGUGGCCAUGAGAGUCAAUGACAAGAGGGACAUUUCUCGGUUUUUGGAGUGUAACCCAGUUAUGAUUGAUGCUAUCAAGAUAUCAGCUGCCCACAGAGCACGCUAUUUCUGGGGCAACCUACCAGGGAUGAACAGGAUCUUCGGCUUCCCCCUCCACUACACAGACGUUUCCAACAUUGGCCGUGGUGCUCGCCAGAAGGUGCUUGGGAGAUCUUGGAGUGUUCCUGUGAUCCGGCACCUCUUUUCCCCGCUCAAGGAUUACUUUGCCUGUGAAUAGCAAGUAGAGUUUGCCUUGUCUCUGGUAAAGAUGCAGAGCUCCACUGCCUUUGCAGGAGAGGGACAGACAGUCAGCCCCAACCUCCUGCAGGCCCCAUGACUUCCUUGAAACCAUCCCUCCGUGGCCACGUGCUGCGGGAAGGAGCAUGGCCCCACAGCGAGAGCUUAGGAAAUGUCUUUAACCAAAGAACCUGGUAGGGUAACUUUCCUUUGAAGGGACUAACAACAGCGAUAACUUAGAAAAUGAUGGACAAAAGAACUUUAAU